CUGACAAUAUCAGAUGGAUCUGCGAAGAGGGUUGUUUAAUGAUAUAGACAUCGGGGGAUACGUCCUUGUGACUCGAACUAACAGCAAGAAAGCCACUCGAGUCUCGAUCUCACUCACCGCGAUUAGGAUUUAGGUUAGUGGAGGGAGGGUUUUGUAUUGUAACCGACGACGAUACCGUCUUGUGUUGUGUUGUGUUGUUGAAGUCGCAAGUUGCAACAAAGCCCUACUACGAUUUUCUGUUACACACACCCCCAACCAACCACCCACCCAAGAUGAUGUCAUCACACGCGCGCGGUGUGAAGUAUUAGUCAGAUCUGUUUGCGAGUUCGAAAUUAAUCAGAGUUAUUGAUGGAGGGGAACUCGGGAGGGGGAAGUGGUGGUGGCGGCGGCGGCGGAGGAGGAGGAGGAGGAGGAGGUGGGAAUGACGUGGAGCUGCUUUGUAAAACGCUGCAGGUGGAGCACAAGCUGUUCUACUUCGAUCUGAAGGAGAACCCUCGUGGUCGAUACCUUAAGAUAUCGGAGAAGACUUCUGCUACUCGGUCCACCAUCAUCGUCCCUUCCACUGGCAUUUCCUGGUUCCUCGAUCUCUUCAAUUACUAUGUUAACUCCGACGAUCAAGACCUCUUUAGCAAGGAAUUGCAGCUCGAUACCAAGGUUUUCUACUUCGACAUUGGGGAGAAUAGGAGGGGCCGUUUUUUGAAGGUGUCUGAAGCUUCUGUCAGCAGAAAUCGUAGCACUAUCAUUGUUCCUGCAGGAAGCUCCAGGGAUGAAGGGUGGGCAGCAUUCAGGAACAUUUUGGCAGAGAUCAAUGAAGCCUCGAGGCUUUUCAUUCUCCCCAAUCAGCAAAAUUCCGAAUCCUCAGAACGUCUUGUUGGACUUUCGGAUGAUGUUGGUGCUGGCUUCAUAUCUGGUCAUAGUAGUCAACCUGCCACCUCUUCUGAGUUGAAUGUGGACAGGUCUGUUGAUUUGCCAGCUCAGGAUGAAAUUGGGAACUUGGGGGUCUCAAAAGUGAUCAGGGCUGAUCAAAAAAGAUUCUUCUUUGAUCUUGGGAGCAAUAACAGGGGUCAUUUCUUAAGAAUAUCAGAGGUUGCAGGUUCUGAUCGAUCCUCCAUCAUUCUUCCUCUGUCAGGGCUCAAGCAGUUUCAUGAGAUUGUUGGUCACUUUGUGGAAAUCACCAAGGACCGAAUUGAGGGAAUGACAGUUGCUAAUGUACGCACAGUUGAUCCCCCUCAAAGAUGAAUGCCAACUUGGGGUUUUCUGUUACAAUAAGUAGUCCCUCUCUGCCAGGGUUUCGUUAGGGAUACCAAUGGGUGUCAUCUGAGUCUUAUUUGUACUUUUUUAUGUCUUAUUCGUGCUUUUUUAUUUUUUUCUCCUCAGUCUCUUUCUCCUUCUCAUAUUGUUCUUCCAUUAAUGCUUUUGAAAUAAUCCAAACUCUGGUUGAUCAGUAGAAUAAUUGGAAUUGCUGGGCAAGGUUUAUAGGAAUAGGAAAUAACGGAAGAAAAGUGAACAAAGACUUGUACUUAUUUGGAUAGUUUGGCACCCGUGCUAUAUUUUGUAAUAAUGCUUGUUUGAUUGUUUAUUAUGCUUUCAUUCACGGUUUUCA